AUGGGGAAGGAAGCCACCCAUAGUCGGCUGAAACAAUCUGAACUCGAAUGGUACUCUGCCUGCUUUGCCGAAUAUAAAAAUGGUGCCGACGCAAAACGUCCAACUUCUUCAAUUCCAUAUCCUGAGCUUUUCCUAAGAAUGCAACCUGUUAUGUACUCUGUUUGUGAUGCGCUAGCUGGACAUUGCGGAUGGGUUCGCGCUGGUGAGACAGUAUGCUAUUAUCGUAAUCUGUACAGCUCGGGUGAAGACAGUGACGCCUAUGAGAGCAAGUCCAAGAAACGACGUCUUUAUCAAUUACCGUUUAAUGUAUGCUACUCAAAUGAUGUCAUAGGAGAAUCUCUUAGAGGAAACUCGUUAAAUUUACUUACUGUAACCGCGGAAGGUACACGAGAGCAGAUUAACAGCAGGGAUAUAGUAUUUCUGAGCUCUCCGGUUCAUCCUGGAGAAAGUAAUUCGAGUUGGACGAUGCAUGAUUAG